AUGGGAAAAACAGAUGAGGAUAAAAUGAAUGUGGAUACUCUGUGUGAGAUGUGGACACAGAAGCAGCGCAACUUUGAAAUGGAUAUCAGAUGUUUGCUGGACAAGUCAAAAAGAUUGUCUCAGCAGCUGAGUAAAGCUGCUGUCGAUGAGUCGAAGAGCAAGACGUUGUCGCAACAGCAAUAUAAACUGGAUGAACUGAUGAUUCAUUUAACGGAGGAGUUACAGCGUCGUCACGAUGAGGCAAGUGCCAAGAAGCGAUUGCAGGAAUGGCACAAAACCUUGGACAAGAUGCGUGUGAAAAUCAGAGUCAUUUCACAGACCCUGGAGAAAGUUGGGCUGACGGACAAGAAGACAAUCGAUAAACUAUGUGAGACUGAGGAUUAUACACAGCACCAUUAUGAGCUGCUCAGUUUGGAGUUGCAACGUUGUGAAACGCUUCGCCAUGAGAAUCUCAACGCUCUCGUCGAUCAUUUGUGGGCAGAGAUCAAUCAAUGGAGCGAGAUGACAUUACAAUAUCCAACAGUACAUAAAUAUCGAAAAGAAUGCUGCACAGAGGACCUCUUGGAGGUCUUGGAGAAGAAGUUGGCCGAUCUUCAACGGUAUUACAAUAGUAACAUUGCCAUUUUUGAACUUUACGCAAAGCGCGUCAAACUGUGGACACGAAUGGAGGCACUUGAAGAGAAAGCCAAGGAACCCAAUCGUUAUCGCAAUCGUGGUGGACAGCUGCUUGGUGAGGAGCGAGAACGUAAUCACAUUAGCAUUAAACUGCCCCUGAUCGAGGAACAGCUCAACCAGAUGGUCCAGGAUUACGUAGAGCGCGUUAACCAACCGUUUUUGGUCUAUGGCGAGGAAAUCAUGACUCGCAUUGCGUCCGAUUGGGAGGAAUAUCGUGCCACCAAAGAUUUGCAAGCCGAAAUACGUAAGAAUGCAACGUUCGAUAACUGGUGUGCAUCCCAAAUUAAGGCCUCCCGCUCCAGCCUAAUCUCACUGCGCAAGACGAGCUCAGUGCCGCAAUUCAAUCAAACAACCGUGAUGACUUUAAAUUCGGCGCGACAAAUGCCUGGCCAAAAGAAAAAGCAGGCCAAAUAG